UAAGGAAUAACCCGAACAAAUUAUGAUCCGACCCACAGAGAAGCAAAUGCCCAUAAAAGCCUAAAACCUUGGCUAACCCUAGUUCCAUCCCUUCACUCUUUUCCAUUACACCUCGUGGGAAGAGAUCGAGCUACAAGCGCAGCUCAACAACAAUGGUAUAUGUUAAGGCCCAGAAAUCUAAGGCCUACUUCAAGAGGUAUCAAGUAAAGUUUAAGAGAAGAAGAGAGGGAAAGACCGAUUACAGGGCCAGGAUUCGGUUGAUUAACCAGGACAAGAACAAAUACAACACUCCAAAGUAUCGCUUUGUUGUGCGAUUCACAAACAAGGAUAUUGUUGCACAAAUAACAUCGGCUAGCAUUGCUGGUGAUAUUGUUCUUGCAGCAGCUUAUUCUCAUGAAUUACCCCGCUAUGGUCUUGAAGUAGGCCUUACUAACUAUGCUGCAGCUUAUUGCACUGGACUUCUCCUUGCUCGUCGAGUCCUUAAGAUGCUUGAAAUGGACGAGGAGUAUCAAGGAAAUGUCGAGGCUACUGGUGAGGAUUUCUCUGUUGAGCCUGCUGAUACCAGGAGGCCAUUCCGUGCUCUUCUUGAUGUUGGUCUUAUCAGGACCACAACUGGAAACCGUGUGUUCGGUGCCCUUAAGGGAGCUUUGGAUGGGGGUUUGGAUAUCCCUCACAGUGAAAAGAGGUUUGCUGGUUUUGACAAAGAGAAGAAGGAGCUUGAUCCCGAAGUUCACCGCAAGUAUAUCUUUGGUGGACAUGUUGCUUCUUACAUGAGGACUUUGCAGGAAGAUGAACCUGAGAAAUACCAGUCACAUUUCAGUGAAUAUAUCAAGCGAGGAAUAGAGGCUGAUGGAAUUGAGACUCUGUACAAAAAGGUUCAUGCUGCCAUUCGUGCUGAUCCUACCAUCAAGAAGUCAGGGAAACCUGCUCCUAAGGAGCACAAGAGGUACAACCUCAAGAAGCUUACCUAUGAGGAGAGGAAGAAUAAGUUGAUUGCACGCUUGCAGGCUCUCAACUCUGCUGCAGGUGGGGAUGAAGAUGAUGAUGAGGAUGACGAUUGAAACCUUUUCAAGGAUGCAUCACGAGUGCUACUUGUUUAGAACUUCUCAGAACUCAUUUAGAUCAUUACUUUCUUUAAAAUUUUUUAUGCUUGUACUUUCGACAUUUUAGCCACCAAUUUUGGAUACUUUUUGGAGACUUGGUCAAAUUUUGUGUUAGCCUGGAUUAAUGUGUUUUACUUGUUGGUAUGGUUCGAAAGAUAAGUCUUUUACCAUAAAAUUGCACUUUUAUAUUAUCCUAA